AUGGGCUCAGCCUACGGCUACAUCCCGGCGCAGCCUUCCAACGACACGAGCCAGGUCAAUGGUAAUGCAUCGAGGUUGGAUCUUCAGUGGUACCCGAACGAUUCGGAUUGGGAGUACGUGUCCUACCAGCUUGUGGGUGCAGAUAGCAACGGUACUACAAAGGGGGCAUUUGUACGCUUCACGGAGAGUUUAGCAAAGAACGAGACAAGUAGCACCCCUUGGAUAGCUCUGGUAGCAUGCGAUGCUAAUGCGACGAACUACUCUGAACAGGUUGACAUAUUUACGAUGGCGAGCAGCGCGGGUGCUCAAUCUGCUCUUCUGUAUUCUCUUUAUUCCGAAACUUGCGCCAUCAAUCCAGAGUAUGCUGAUCCCGCUAAAUUUGACCAAGUCUUCGAUAUAUUCGUAACUCAGUCAAAAUCGGUCUCGAGGAUCAUAUACGAUUUUGGGCAAAGUGGACCCACUAAUACGUCCCUUUACGGGGACUUUGAUGCAGCCACCUUGAACGCAUCCGAAGCAAUUAUCAGCCAGUCUAUAGUCUUAGGCUAUCCCACCGCUCCUGGCUAUCUGCUUGCAACUUUGCAGGCGUGGAAUGCGACAGGAAGUAACUCUACGGGACCCAGUAUCAACAAUGGCUCCACUAGUCCGUCUACGGAUCAGGGUGGUAACAAAGGGACAGAUUUAGCUAUGAUCAUCCUGUAUGCUAUCACCGGCUGUGUUUCAGCAUUGUUUUGCGUCGUCAUAGUCUCAGGGGCAAUUAGGGCAAUACGCCAUCCCGAGAGGUAUGGCCCCCGAACUGCCCGUGGCGGAAGUCAAAGUCGAGCCAGAGGCCUUGGACGAGCCAUUUUGGACACGUUCCCGAUUGUGAAGUUUGGCACCGUGUCAAAUGAUCAGGAUGAUCCCACUUAUAGGCCCAAGGACGUCGAAUCACCUCCGGUGGAUGUUGAUACAACACUGCAACAGUCAGGUGAUGCAGUGGAGAUGGGCACUAUCUCCAGGCAAGCAGUACAGCAACCAUUACAACCAGUGGGAGAGACUAGCAACAGGCGCAUUCCUACUGCUGGUGCUACAGAAGAUGUGCAUAGUCGGGAGGGUGCACGAGCUGUACCUCGGUUGACAACUCCACGACAGCCUGCUACUUCCGAAAGGUCACCAGCUUCACCACGAGAUGCCGAUCCGCUGAUGCCAGAGGCAAUCGGGCGUGAGACAUGUCCCAUCUGCAUUGUUGACUUCGAGGAGGGGGAUGAGCUAAGGGUAUUGCCUUGCGAGGGCAAACAUAGUUUCCACCAGACGUGCGUUGAUCCAUGGCUUCUAGAGCUCUCGGGUUCUUGCCCAUUAUGUCGACAAGACUUUCACGCUCUUGAGACAAUGUUGUCAGGAGACGCGGGCGAUCGUGGUACCCAUCAUGAGUCUCCUCCCAACCGACGUAUCAGCCAAGCGCCCUCAAUUCAACAAAACCGCUUUUCUCGCUAUUUACGAUUUGCACGGCGGCGGCACCGUGAGCUUGGAGAACGUGAUGAUGAUACUACGGACCCGUCUUUGGCUACGAACCAUUCGCUAUGA